CAAAUAUAACCGAUCCAUCGAUCGAUCGUCGGCGAUUCGAUUCGAUUCGAUUGGGGGAGAGAGGGAAGUGAUGGCGGACAAACCGAGCCGAGCUCUGGUGAUCUACGGCGAUGGCCACGCCAAGCUUGUCUCGCCGCUGCACUCCCAUCUCCACUCCUUCGCCUCCCGCGCCUCCUGCGGCUUCCUCUCCCUCAGAGAUCCUCCCGACGCUCAAGAAACAGAAAAUGAUAGAAGAAUUAGAGAGAUAGCACAGUUAUUGGAUGCAUAUGACUUUAAUGCAGCAAUGGAGGGAUAUCAUACAGAACUAAAUAUCAACCGGGAUAACAAAGAUUUGGCAGUUCCAGCAAUCUCACAAAGGUUUAUGGAUCUCAGAGCUGCCAUGUUUACUAAUUGCCCCAUUGUCGGAUCUUUUGCUUCAAAUCUUGGAUUUAGUGUUUCACAAUUUUCUGAUUUGAUCAAGAGGAUUCAUGCUAGUGUUGAUCCCAAUGGAAAUUUUGAUAGCAAUGCUAUCGGAUUAGAAUUGCUGAAGCUUCUAGGAUUUUUAGAUGGAGAAGUUCUUGACGAUUAUGAUUUUGAUUUGGUGUUUUUGCACAUCACACCAGAUCAUAAAUUAAAUGAUGAGAAAAAUGGGAAGGCCAUCAGCACCGAUAUUAAUUUUUUCAACAAAUUAGUAGGUGGAGUAGUGAAUGUUGCUCAUGCUGGAUCACUGGUGGCUUCUCGUCUACACUUUUCUGUCGUGUUAAGUUAUGGUGCUGUUUCUGGUGGAGACCAGCAUUUCUCCUUGAAUCUGAACUCAUUUGCAGAAACAAAUUCUGAUCUAUUGUUACUUCGUCCUCGCCAAAGCUACACCAUGAAAGGCGGAAACAUAUUGCCUGACAUCAGGCAUCACCAUCCAAUGUUGAUUGCACAGUGGCAGGAGGGUGUAACUCGCCGGGAUAUGGCCAUGAGAUUCUGUUUUGAUGAUUUCAGGGAGCGAGGAGGUAAUCUCGCAAUACUUGCUGAUCGGUUUCUCUAUGAGGUGGCAUUUAAGCUUUGGAAAGCACCUAAAUACGGAGCUUGAAUUCAACAUACUUUUGGUUCAGUACUGGCUUCUUAAAGAGACGUGUUGCUAGGGGACUUCUUCUAACUAUACCAUUGAGGCAUCAUGUUGCCUAGUCCUCAGUCCUGUAUCAGAUCAAUGGAGCUUGUGUCUCAUGAUCUCCAUGAACUACAUGUUUGGUUAUAUUCCGUAUGGCAAGACAUAAAACAAAAGAGUUUUCUCUAGUUUGUUCUAAUGAACUCAUGAGUCAAUGAUAACCAACUUAAGCCCUCCUGCUUUACCAACUUAAGAUUGCUAUCAGAAGCUAGACCGUGAGUCAAAGAGUUGGUUAAAUGGGAGCUAGUGUUUCUUGGUUCAUUACGUCUUGUUUCUUAAAUUCUCUUCCAGAACAAUUCGAGCUUACUGCAAUGGUAACAACACUCUUUUCAGUGAAUUUAUGGGCCUUAUGUCAA